UAGCUAGGGGCGGGGACGGAGAAGAUCCAAGCAAGCCCAGGCUGUGAUUUGCAGAAGGAAACCGCGAGCGAUGGGGAGGAGACUGCCGACUUUUGCUCCGGCCAGGGCGGCGGCGGGAAGGAAGCGAAAAGGUGCCACCUUGGCAACGCUCGCCGCGUGCAAGCGCCCUGCGCCGGCGCAAGCAAUCGGCGGCUGGGCGUCCCUGCCCACGGACAUAGUUGGCCUCAUCACUUGCCGUAUCCUCGACGGCGACGUGGUAGAUUACAUCUCCUUCCGCGCUGUCUGCUCCGACUGGCGCGCCUGCACGCCCAGGCCGUGCGACCCUACUCUGCGUGAUCCCCGCCUCCGCCCCCGCGACUGGGUCGCGCUCUGCGACGGCGACGCCGUCCGCCCAGACGAUGCCGGACAGAUCGUCUUCUUCCAUACGCGCACGGCCAGGCGCCUCCGCGUCCCCCUCCCGGAGCUCCGGGGCAGCAGGAUCGUUGGCAUCACCGACGGCCUCCUCAUACUCGUGCACAAGCGCAACACCAAGGUCAGCGUGCUGCAUCCGUUCACGCGCGUCGCGGUCGAUCUCCCCUCCCUCGCCCCCGCGUACCACAAGUCGGUCAGGCACCACAGGCUGCUCGACAUGAACGCAGCAGUAUGCAGCAGCGCAUCCUCCAUCGCCGUGGUGGUCUGGUUCCUCUCCGCAAACGUGGUGCUCGCCGCCGACCCAAAUUCAGACUGGGAGGUCCUCCACCGAGAGCUCUACGUUGGGACCACCUUGCCCUUCCAGGGAAGGCUCUACGCCACCAGCCUGUGCUCGAACCACAUCCUGCAGCUAUACCCUCCUCCUAGACAAGAAGCCGUCGCCGCGGUGGUUGGCCAUGUUCCAUAUUUUGCUGACCGCAGGGACCGCGCGCUGUUUCUCGGUGGCGACCGCUGCCUGUCUGUUUCAGCCAGGGACCUCCCUUCCUUGAGCAGCAAUUCCAUCUACUUCAGCCUACCUCGGGACCCCAUCGUGGUGCAUUCCCUGGGGACUGGUUUGUCCGAGCCGUUAGCGAAGUCCUGCCAAAUACAUGACAUGAACGAUAGGAUCCGACCGUCUGUGCGCCCCUUCACCAUUGUUGAUCAUCUUAUCACCUACGCCAAUCCUAGUGAGUGGUCUAAAGGACUCAUGUUCCACGAGUACCAACGCAUACCUGCAUCUUUCAAGGAGCUGCUUACGAACAUCCAGGCGCAAGACAGACAAAUGAGGAUUCCACGAGUGGUUCUGUAUUCGCGCUAA